AGAGAGAGCGAGAGUGGUGAGCUCCUUUUCUUUUUCCCCUCCCGCACCUCAGCCCAUCAAAGAAAGGGGUACAUUUUGGUGGCGGUGGCGCCUGAAUGUGUUUUAAGGGGACGCGACAGCGUCGCUUUCAGUUGGCACGGCAGUCGAUGUUGAGAUGUCAAGCGCUGGCGGUUUUGCUAUAUGGGUCAACACAGCGAUACACGCCUACGGCUUGCACAAGUCGAGUAGCAAUUGAGCCCGUAUUACAAAUGAGCGGUUUGGUGAUAGCCCCUUUCCUUUCCACCGGGUUCGGUAUGAGCAAUUGGUCAAUCUUUGAACGAGAAAGUGACGAAAACACAACAGAUCGGGACUGUCGCCCUGUGCCUGGCCUUUUUUUCUGAACCGCGCUUCCACCAUCACUUCCACGUACCACCACCUCCAUUAACUCCAAAAUCCCCUUGUCGAGGCUCAAAACCAAACGCCAAAAAUGAACAUUCGCGAGGCCACCCUGGAUGAUAUGAUCCCCAUGCAGAACUGCAACCUGCACAACCUGCCCGAGAACUAUCAAAUGAAAUACUACUUUUACCAUUCAUUGACAUGGCCUCAGCUCUCAUACGUCGCAGAGGACGAGAAGGGCAGAAUCAUUGGAUACGUUCUUGCCAAGCUUGAAGAGGAUCCUGCUGCUGAGCCACAUGGUCACAUUACAUCCCUGUCAGUAAUGCGCACAUACCGCCGUCUCGGAGUUGCUGAAAAGCUGAUGACCCAGUCCCAGAAUGCUAUGCGCGACGUGUUCAACUGCAAAUACGUCUCACUCCAUGUCCGCAAGAGCAACCGUGCUGCUCUUCAAUUGUAUAGGGAUACUCUCAAAUUCACUGUUCAGGAUAUCGAGAAGAAGUACUAUGCCGACGGCGAAGAUGCCUACGCUUGCCGCAAGGUCUUGCUGGAAUAGUUUCAUUUUUCUUCUUGAAAACAGGACUAUCUGAGCGCUAUCUACGUCAUCGUAAAUUAAUCAACGCCCCUGUAAUCAUCACGUGGGUGUGUGUGACCGUACAUACAAAAUAUUAAAGUUCUUU